CUGGCUUACACUCAGUCGGUCUUGGAUCUCCAAACCAUAAGAACGUGCUCCUUAACUAAGUUUCCCAAAUGUAUUUUAAAUCAUUCUAGUACGUAGGUAAUCGAUUUGAAUAUCAUCUAAAUAAUGCCUCGGUAUGGCGAUGGCUCUCCGUACCAAUUUGGUACGUCAUUUUCAAACCACAGUUCAUUGAUGACAACUACAGGUUUCGGGCGCAUACAUGGUCCCCUGGUAUCGCGGUACUCGCCACAUCUCUCUACGAUAUCUGAAUCUCCGCUGAAUCACCUGCGGCGUUAUUCUCCGGUCGUUGCAGUGGCCUCAAGACCGAAAAGCGUAGACACAGCAGACAUAGAUGUCUCGACUCCCAGACAUUUAUCGCAUACCGAGGGUCAUGGACGAAAUAGGGUGCGAAGAGAUAGACCGACAGUUAGAAUCAGAUCCCAGGCUCUUAAAGACAACCCGGCGCUAAGAGAACUCAAUGAAAAACAUGAGAAAACAGUCGGAGAACUCCUUGUGGAGAAAUUUUUGAUCAGAGAUAAAUCGGAAGCGGAUCCUAUCAAAAUGAUUAAAGCUUAUCAUCAGCCUAGCUUAGAGAGGACAGUCAAUGAAGCGGUUCAAAAGAAGGUAACCCGGAGACUGACUCGCAGACGAUCUUCGUUAGAGAUACCGACAGAUUCUGAAAUAAUAGCCAGAGAAGUUAUAAUCGCUCAAGCCCAAGCAGUGGCUUUGGAUACUUUGGUGGAACAGGAACAGGCGCAGAUUAAAGUUGACGCGAGAAAGGGUAGAUUGGUCAAAAGAAGCAUGUCUCGAGACUCAAUUUCCGUUCCAGUACAGAAUUUGGAUAACGAGACGGAUACGAUUGAAGAUUCGGAACGAGCUGGCUCGGUAAAGAAGACGUUGAAGAAGAUAAAAAAAAAGAAAAAAACUCUCAACAGAAGUCCGUCACAGAGUGAAGACUGUGACGAACCUGGUAAUGGGACACAAUAUAUUACACAAACCAAGUCGGACAGCAACUUAACACUACGAAGUCAGUCAUCAGUGGAACUUGGCGAGGAUAGGUCGAGAAUUAGACCGCAGAAAUUUAAAAUAGAAGCUUCUAACAGUGUUGGUGAUUUUUCAACGCUAUGGAUAAACGCAUCAUCCGCACCAACUAGUCCUGUGUCUACAGAACAGUAUCGGGAAUCAAUCAGGCUACCUGCGCCGAAAAGUAAUAAAACUACUUCGCUGGCUAAAGUCAUCAAUGAAUUACAAUCGAAUGAAAAUGACGACGAUUCAGUCGUUGUGGCGUUGCCUAAACAAUACGUCAAUGAUACAUCGAGGAACAGUGUUUGCCUUACUUUAAAAACUGUUGUAAAAGAACCGGCAGUAUCUAGAACUCGAAAAAUUGGCGUUACAGGAACUGUGUCUGAUAAAUAUUCUCCUAUAAAAACAUUAGGUAAUUCAAAAGAUUCGAUAAAGGAAUCUAGUACAGCUGUCAACUCGAAAGUUGAACUCACGGGCAAGCACGACAGGUAUACAGAUGUAGAAACGUCGGCAAUAAAUACAACAGGUCUAGUUGGGAGUGUUGAAAAUUCUUCUGACGUAAUUGAAAAAACAACCGUCAUUGUGGCUGCAGGUAUCAAAGACCGUUCGAAAGCUGCUAUAAAAAAACCUGAGAACGCAUCUAGGAAUCCUAAGACGCCAAUCAAGAAGUCAAAUUUUCAAUUUAACAAUACAGACCUGAGGGAAGAAUCCCAGAACCACAGUAACGCUUCAAAUUCCACAGAGGAAAUAUCAACUUCACCUAAGGCGAUCGACGAUGUGUCUAUAACGGAUAAAAUAUUAGAAAAAUCUUUAAAUCAUACUGCAGAGCUGACAAAACCAAGCAAAGAAAUCGACAAUGUUGGCACUGUUUCAGAAACAAAAGUGAUUAUAGAAAAGUUAGCACCUGCGUCACCUAUUUUAGACGUAGAAAACAAAGCUGGUUCAGUUGCACCGAGUGCUCAGUUGCCUGAGGUCGAUUUUUGGGGUGAAAUUGAACCCGAAACUACUUCGAUCAAACCAAAGUCAAAAUUAUCCUUGAAAGUGGACAAACCAGUCAGUGUCGAUGAACCUGUUCCAUCUGUAGAAAAAGAGGUACCCACUCCGAUCAAACCCAAGUCAAAAUUAUCCUUGAAAGCGGACGAAUCAGUCAGUGUCGAUGAACCUGCUCCAUUUGCAGAAAAAAAGGUACCUACUGUAACUGCUGAGAAACCAUUAACAAUUAUUGCUGAUAAUUCAAUUGACAGAGAGACUGAUUCAAAUGACCAUAGGAGAUUAAACGGUACUUUGCAAACAGUGAGCAAAAAAGUUUCUGAAGAACAUAUUAAAGUAGACGAUGAUGUUGCAUCGACAGAUGUGAAUACCAGUGUUGAAAGUAGCGUUUCAAUUCCGUCAAAUGACAAGGUAUCAGAAGUAAAGAAAUCCUUGGAAGAAAACGCUUGUAUUAAAGAUCAGGACACGAGCGAAUCUGAGAAGCUAGAAAACGCAGAUACUACCAACAUCGUAGAAAGCCAAGAUAAUCAAGAUAUAGAUGAGUUACCGACGCCUAUUUCUGCCAGUGGAGAAACAGCAAUAAAUUCUGGAUUCGACGCUCCUCUCCCGACGAUAAACAUUGUGGCAGCUCCAGCUACGCCAGAAGUAAAUGUGGAAUCAACGCCUCACGAAGGUUCCAGUACACCGACCAACGAAUGGCCCAAUGCAAAUUUAACAAAGGAUAAAUGGGAGAGCCAGAAUAAUUUGUCAGAGGUUGGUGAUUUUGACAAAGAAACAACGCCCACACCGCCUAGCGGUCCAGACCUCAGCACCAGUGCUCAAUCUUCGAAGAAGAAGAAAAUUAUUAAAAGAAAGAAAUCAGCAGUUAAGAAAUUGGCAAGCGAAGAGAACGGAUUGGUUGAAGAAGCAGCGAAGCCAGUUCCAGAAAAGUCUCCGAAACCAAGUCCGCAAAACUCGGCGCAAAGUUCAGCGCUAAAUUCGCCGCGUUGCUCUCCAAGGUCAAGUCCCAGAGACAGUCCCAAACAGAGACCCAUGGAUCUGAUUAGAAUGUUCUACACAACGCCAGGACCGCUGCUGACAGCUACACCGAGAGACUUGUCCAAAGUAAGAAGAGGAGGAAAACGUCGGAAACGUCCUGUGUCGAUAGCUUCUUCAGCGAGCGAUAGCACAGAAAGUGCUAGGAGUACUCAGAGCACAACGACAGAAAGCAUCGAAGACACUAGUUCCACUUGUACCGAGGGUGGCGACGAGGCAAAAGAUGAUAAAAGACUAACAUCCAUGAGAAGCAAUGACUCUGGCUUCGAUGGAUCUCCAAGACUGACAAAUUGCGACAUGGCCUGUCAUAAGAAGUGCGAAAAAUUGACUGGAAAUCUGUGUGGACUGAAUCAAAAACUUGUUGCCGAAGCUUUGCAGGCUCUGAAAAGGGGUAAGUCAGCCUCUCCGUCGCAAUCGUCGGACAGCCAGAAUUCAGAAAAGUUGAGUCGAUUUUCAAGCGGACGUAUCACGCCACCAGCAACCAAUUUGCCAAGAUUUAAGAAGUAUUCAGUGACUGAUUUCAAUUUUCUUAAAGUUUUGGGUAAAGGAAGCUUUGGCAAGGUGUUGCUAGCAGAGCUGAGGGAUACCGAUUGCCUCUACGCCGUCAAGUGUCUGAAGAAGGAUGUUGUGCUGGAAGAUGACGACGUAGAAUGUACACUCAUCGAAAGAAAAGUACUGACUCUAGCGACGAGACAUCCGUAUCUCUGUCAUUUGUUCUGCACUUUUCAAACAGACUCCCAUCUGUUCUUUGUUAUGGAAUAUCUCAAUGGCGGUGAUCUUAUGUUUCACAUACAACGAUCUGGGAGAUUUCCUGAGCCUAGAGCGCGCUUCUAUGGUGCUGAGAUAUUGUCCGGUCUGACUUUUCUUCAUAAAAAAGGAAUCGUUUACAGAGAUUUGAAAUUGGACAAUGUUCUAUUAGACUUUGAUGGACAUAUCAGAAUUGCUGAUUUUGGCAUGUGCAAACUACAAAUAUACCUCGACCGAACCGCCGACACAUUCUGCGGCACUCCAGACUACAUGGCUCCGGAAAUAAUAAAAGGGCUGAAAUACAAUCAGGCAGUUGAUUGGUGGUCGUAUGGUGUUCUUCUGUACGAAAUGCUUACUGGUCAGUCACCGUUUUCGGGAUGCGACGAAGAUGAGUUGUUUUGGAGUAUUUGCAACGAGAGGCCGUUUAUACCGCGAUACUUGAGUCAAGAGGCGACUGAUCUAUUGGUUUGUCUGUUGGAGAAGGACGCAGGAAAACGAUUACCUGGGCAUGAGAUCAUAAUCCAUCCCUUCUUUCAGGGACUAUCCUGGGAUAGACUGGAGAGAAGACAGCUGGAGCCGCCCUUUAAACCAGCGCUUGAACACACCCUUGAUACCCGAUACUUUGAUGCAACAUUUACUGCCGAACGACCUCGCCUCAGCAUAGUGCCGGAGCAAAUCCUCAUCUCGAUGGACCAGGGAGUCUUCAGAGGAUUUUCUUACACAAAUCCCAAUGCGACCGACUGAUGAAUACCAAUUUUACUAAUUACCUAGUGUCGAAUGAUUUACUAAUGUGAAAACCGAUAGCAGUUUUCAGGUUCAGCUUGAUAUCAAGCGCCGAAAGCUAAGCCAAGCUAGGCAUCUUCCGACGUUUAAAAUAGAUGUAUUUGACGUCGUUUCAGUUUUACGAUUGCGUCGUGACACACACACACACACACACACACACACACAGAGAGAGAGAAACAGGCACGCCACAGACAUAAACGUAUACAAGGAAGGAGAAAAGGGAAAAAAAAGCAGACAGAGAAAAAAAAAUAAACGAAGGAAAAAGAAUAAAUGAGAUAGGAUAUACCUGUCGGUGAGAAGGAAAAAAAUAGAAUUCACGGCUACGAUCUUUGUUUGCAUGAAAUAGAGAUUCGCCCGGCCCAUCUUCUAGUCACGCGAAAUAUUUAACGCGUCGCAAAUAAGAGUUUUGCUUAUACGUAUUGUAUACCCUUACGUCUACAUAUGAAUUCGUCUCUUCGUCUUCUUGGGCUCACGUGGCCGUGGCUGUAAGUUAUUAAUACAUCAGAAGUAUCUUAUAUUAUUAUGGCCACGAUAGAUAAAGUUUUGAGUGUUUUCCCAGUGAAAAGACUCUCUUCUUCCUCCCUCUUCUGCCCGUUUGGCUUCGUACUCGCCGGGCUGCGCUAACUUUAGAUAUUCCGAGGAAGUAGCAAAUCGGCAUUAGUGCAGUUUUGCUUUCGUUAUGAUAUCUGAAACGGUUCUGUUCAGUGUCUUUAACACGAAUUCGACCGGGAUUUGUUUAAUAUAAACCUCGUUCUCUGGCACCGAUUUUUAUUGUUGGAUCAUUGAUUUUUUUCCCCCCAUCGAUAAUCACUAAGACCGUGCCAAUUCCCGUACUCACGUAACUUCAUCUAUACAGCUCCAACAAUUUUGGCUCGGAGAAAGUAAAUAAUAAAAUUGCGUUUGCAAACGA